AUGGACACUUCAACAUCGUCCCCCUUUACAAGCACUUUGAACUCACUGUUAAACUCGACCGAACAGACAACUGAAGUCACUGAAACCACUCAAAUCAAUGGAACUCAAGAAAACAAAAAUCAAAUGUCCAUCCCAGAAGUUAUUGAGGCAAUGACUAAACUGUACGAAUAUCCAGAAGAUUAUGUUGUCGAAAAAUUGGGGAUUACCACAACUCUCUUAAAAAAAGCCUGUCGGUCGAUAGGGGUAAAGAGAUGGCCUUAUAGAAAAAUCCUCAAAGUUGACAGAGAGAUACAAAAGAACGAAACAAUCCUUAAAAAAGAAAUUCCAAUUGAAGAAAAGGACAAAGUCCAAGAAAAAAUCGCGAGGCUCAAAGAAUUAAAAGACCAAAUUCUUUUUAAUCCAAAUACUGACACCGGGUCAAGAAAAAGAAAACCCCAAACGAUCCGUGUACCAGCAGAAAUGAAACGUUUAGCUGUUUCAUGUGAAGGCGACACUGUUCCAAUCUCCAGCGCUUCUGUUCUCAGGUUGGCUUUUGGGUUGGACUUUUGUUACUUCGAAGUUUGCGCAAAUCAGAGUAACUCCGCCAUAACGCAGAGUUAG